UUAAGCGCGAGACAUCUGAAGAGGAAUUACAUCGUCUCUUCGAAAAGUCGUUCACAAACGUUGUUCGCUGUUCGCGCGCGGACCGUGGACUUUUCCUCGGACAUGGAGCAUUUUCUUUAAUUGGAUACCGACUGGUCAGUAGGCUACUGCGUUAAGGUGUUUGAUUCUCUGAUUUUCUUCAGUCUGCUUCAAGGCACUUAAUCUCCUCCAGCAGUGAUGCCGCUACGUGACGGGAAUUGAGAGUUCUUUCCAUAUUCACCGAUACAUCCGAGACUUUGCAGAUCAUUGAAGAGAGUACAUCACCUACUCUGAGUAUGGACUUGGCAAGUGAGGCCCAUGUUCUGGUGGUUUUACUCACCUACCUAUUCUUGAUGUGCCGGGCUCAAGAGAAGGACUAUACAGUAAAAGAGGAGCAGCCGGAGAAUGUGCGCAUUGGAAACCUGCGCAAUGACAUCAACUUAAACCUCGAUCCAGACAUUAAACUGUCUUCUGCGCUGCAGUUUAAACCUGUCUACAAGACAGGUGAUGUACCUUUGGUGAAGGUAGAAGCGAGCACGGGAGAGAUUUUCACCACAGCCAACCGCAUUGACCGUGAGAAGCUCUGUUCUGGAGUCUUCAACGAGAAGCGUUGUUAUUUUGAAAUUGAGGUCGCCGUGCUUCCUGAUGAGAUUUUCCGACUGGUCAAGAUCCGGUUCCUUAUCGAAGACAUCAAUGACAAUGCCCCGCUGUUCCAAUCUACAGUCAUCAACAUCUCUAUUCCCGAAAACACAGCCAUCAACAGCCGCUACCCUGUCCCCUCUGCAUUUGACCCUGAUAUAGGAAUCAAUGGGAUUCAGCACUAUGAGCUUGUCAAGAGUGUAAGCGAAUUCGGACUGGACAUCAUCGAGACCCCAGAGGGAGACAAAUGGCCCCAGCUUAUAGUUCAGCAGAGCCUUGAUCGGGAGACGAAGGACACCUUUGUGAUGAAAAUUAAAGUUGAGGAUGGUGGCACCCCUCCAAAGUCCAGCACAGCCAUUCUGCAAGUGACUGUGUCAGAUGUCAAUGACAAUCGACCUGUGUUCAAGGACAACGAGGUGGAGGUGAAUGUUCCUGAGAAUGCCCCAAUGGGAACAUCUGUCACACACCUUCAUGCCACAGAUGCUGAUCUGGGAUCCAAUGCUCAUAUUCAAUUCUCCUUCAGCAACCAAAUCUCCCCUGCCACCAAACGACAUUUCGCUAUUGACAGCACAACCGGACUGAUUACUGUCAAGCAGCCACUGGACAGGGAAGUCAACCCAGUCCACAAGCUUAUAGUGCUGGCCAGUGACGGAAGCUCAACCCCUUCAAGGGCUACUGUGAUAGUCAAUGUAACAGACAUUAAUGACAAUGUCCCUUCUAUAGAUACUCGUUACAUAAUGAAUCUCGUUAAUGGCACUGUGCUGCUGUCUGAAAAUGCCCCUCUAAACACAAAAAUUGCUCUGAUUACUGUGACAGACAGAGAUGCUGAUCUGAAUGGUAAAGUGACUUGCUACACUGAUCAUGAUGUACCUUUUAGGCUCAAGCCAGUCUUCAACGACCAGUUUCUGUUAGAAACGGCAGCACCCUUAGAUUAUGAGAUGACUCGUGAGUAUGCAAUUAGGAUAGUUGCAUCUGAUUCAGGGAAACCUCCUUUGAACACUUCAGCAAUGGUUCUCAUUAAAAUUAAGGAUGAGAAUGAUAACGUCCCAGUUUUUCCUCAGACAGAAAUCCAGCUGUCCAUUCCGGAAAACAAUGACCCUGGCACUCAGUUGAUAAAAAUCAGUGCCACGGAUGCAGACAGUGGUUCUAAUGCCCUUAUUAUUUAUAGUCUUGGCCCAGAUGGUCCUGAUGGUUUUAAAGUAGAUCCACGGUCUGGGAUCCUUUCUGUUGUAAAAAGGCUGGAUAGAGAGAAACAGGAGAAGUAUUCAUUCACAGUCAUUGCCAGGGAUAAUGGUUCAUCCUCUCUUCAGAGCAAUGUAAAUGUGAAGCUAAUAGUCCAAGACCAAAAUGACAACAGCCCAGCUUUUACCCAUCCUGAGUACAACUUCUAUGUGCCUGAAAACCUGCCUUUGUAUGGAACAGUGGGUUUGAUCACUGUCACGGAUGCAGAUGCUGGUGACAAUGCGGUCGUGACUCUCUCAAUCAUAAAUGGGAAGGACAAUUUCAUCAUCGACCCCAAAACCGGGGUGAUCAAACCAAACAUAACAUUUGACAGGGAGCAACAAAGCUCCUACACUUUUGUUGUAAAGGCUGUGGAUGCAGGUCAAAUGCAAACCACCUCAUAUGCCAAGGUCACCAUAAAUGUUGUUGAUGUAAAUGACAAUCGGCCCGUGUUUGUCAUUCCCUCCUCUAACUAUUCUUAUGAUCUAGUUCCUUCGGCCACCAGUCCUGGGUCAGUGGUGACGAGAGUGUUUGCCAUUGACAAUGACACUGGCAUGAAUGCUGAGCUGCAGUAUUGUAUUAUCGGAGGGUCACAGAGAGGAUUGUUUGCUAUUGACAAAACAACAGGAAAUAUCACUCUACAGGAGAAGAUUGUAGCUGCAGACCAAGGUCUUCAUAGGCUGGUGGUAAAGGUCAAAGAUUUAGGACAGCCUGAGUCUUUGCAUGCAGUCGCCCUUGUUUAUUUGUUUGUCAAUGAUACCAUCUCUAACGCCACAUUCAUUCAAGAGCUACUACGCAAGAGCUUGGAGACUCCUUUGGACCGAAAUGUUGGGGACAACCAUGUGACACCUCAAACCAAUAGCUAUGUAAUUGUUGUUAUUGCCAUAAUUGCUGGGACUAUGACUGUUAUCUUGGUCAUUUUUGUGACCGCUUUGGUACGCUGUCGACAGACACCAAGACACAAAGUUGUCCAGAAGAGCAAACAGAGUGGCGAGUGGGUAUCACCCAACCAGGAGGGCAGGCAGAUUAAAAAGAAAAAGAAAAAGAAGAAGAGAUCUCCAAAGAGUUUGCUGUUAAAUUUUGUAACGAUUGAGGAACACAAGUCUGAUGAUCCUACCCAUGAGCACAUCAAUGGCACCUUAGAUCUCCCUGUUGAACAUGAGGAGCAGACAAUGGGAAAGUAUAACUGGGCUACCACACCGACUACCUUUAAACCUGCUAGCCCUGAUUUAGCCAAGCACUACAAAUCAGCUUCCCCUCAGACAACAUUCCAGAUCAAACCAGAGACUCCUGUGGCUCCCAAGAAGCAUCAUGUCAUUCAGGAACUCCCUCUGGACAACACAUUCGUGGUGGGCUGUGACUCACUCUCCAAAUGUUCCUCCAGCAGCUCCGACCCCUACAGCGUUUCAGAGUGCAGCUGUCAAGGGGGCUUCACAGGGCCUAGACAAAUCCACACCAGACAGGAGACGGCACUGAAACCACCACUCUAUGGCACACUCUGUGGCACAGGUACAGCUCGCUCCCACAGGAUAAAAAUCAAUCUCUAGCUGCCAUUUCCUAAAGUGAGGGAGGGAGGGAGAGGAAGGCUGAACUGGCUGAAGAGGUGAAAACGCAAACUGUACAGAUUCUCCAGCCUCAAACGAGACCUAGAGAGUAUUGGCAGACUAAUUAACCGAGACAACUCAUCUCGUUGCCUGUUCGAAUCUCGUCUAAUUCUCUGCUUGUGAUUCAUAGGAGGUUUGAAAUGUUUUGCUAUACCCUUUUUGUCGUCAUUCACUGGUUUCACUGAAUAGGGUACGAGAGACACCUCGAUAGCACUUUUCCAAUCUGCUUAUCCAAACGGAAUAUGAAUAUGGCAAAGACCUCUGUAUAGGAUGUAUAUGUAGUUAUGUAUAUGCUGCACAGUCCUUGUUGUCUGUGUCUAUUUAUUGAUUUUGAUUUCUUGAUUGACACAUUCAACAAAGUUUGGUGAAACUUUGAUGUGCCUGGUGGUUGUUUAUUUUCUUAUAUUUUGUUCACCUGCUGUUUCUGUUUAAUUUGGUCUUUCGGUGCUUUAACAGAUGCAGUGUCUAAUAGACAGAUUUGUUAUUUCUGCAGUUCACGCUGCACAUGGCCUUACUUUGACCAUUCAGGCCAUGAUACAGUGUACACCUCAUCAUUGAUUGCCACAGUUCUUUUUGCCCAAUGACUCUGUCCCAAUAUUCAUCAUCAUGUGGCUAACAUUGAAAUGCAUGGCCCUCCAUAGGAGGUACCAAACACUCAUGGUAGACUUUAACUGUGUCACUGAUUGCCUCUGAAUACGGGAUGCAGAAGAUUCUAAUAGAGCCCUAAUGCUUUGAUAACUUUCAAUCAUAGGAAACAGAGCUCCUGGAUCAAAGAAUUGCCUCAUACGCAGUAGAAAAGGACACUGGGUCUGACCUUUUAUAUGUUGUCUGUUGUAGUCAGCCUUAAAAAAGCAGAGCCAAUAUAACCUGUGAGAUGUAUUUAAAUGACUUUGAAUAGAAAGCCACCGGCAAUCUGUCAUAUGAGAUGGCAGGUUUUAGUUACAUCACCUGGGUGUUUGUAUUUUCUGAAACUGACAUGAUAUGUAUUCAUACAACCAAGAAGAAUUAAAUAAAAUAUCUAAGACAGAUAACAAAUAAGUGUACUAUUCAGAUUUUUUUUGUUAACAACAGCAAUGCAUUUACAGUAAAACACCUAAUCUAAGCACUUUAAGGUCUUGAUAAGUAUCCCACAAUUAAAGCUGUCUUUUGUAAAACAGCCAGGCAUUUAUGCCCUGAAUGAAUAUUACAUUGUAAUACUGCACUAAAAAUUGCUUCAGUGGAUAGCACUUUUGUUCAAGCAGUAAUUUUCUCCUUUUAGGCAAUGGAGUGACUUGUAGAAGUGUCUUUGGGCCCAAAUGUUUAACCUCUUACUCUUGCGGAGGUAUCAGAUGUCUUAAUGGUGUCAAACAUAUUACUCUCGAGUUCGAAACACAGAAUGACUCUGUGAAUGAUUAAACAUGCCAUUUAAAAAGAGUGAGAGAGAAAAAAUUUAAAGACAUUUUAAUGUGAGGGAGAUGGACACAUCACUGUCCUAAAUUUUGAAGCACCUUACAUUACCUUUGUAUUCACCUUUUGAUUUGCCAACUUGUGAAGUAACCUGUAUAUAACUGUUUUAUGUAUGUUUGAGCUU